AAAUGAAUGAAUGGUUUGCAUGAUUGGGGGAAAAAAAUACAGAUAUCAACCGAUAUCUAAUUUUUGUGCUGAUAUCGGGUCAAUAAUCAUCGGUACCAAUGAUUAUCAGACGUCCCUGCUACUUGUAGAUAUUUGUAAUUGGGAUUAAUUAUGAGUUAACUUUGAACAAACUGAUUAAUCCCAAUAAAAAAAAUGGUAAUUGCCCUCGCCCUAGUAGAUACAGUAUAUGCCUUUUUACUAAAAAUGCGCGAAACAUGGCCGAUGAAGAAUUGAGAUGCUGUAGGUUACCUCGGAGUAGCUGGCAAGGAAGCCCUUCAUUGUGAUCCUCAAUGUGAUUAUGCGCACUCACGCCGAGAUAAGCUCUCAUGUGACCUUUGCCGUCUGAGAGCGUGACAGUUAAUGAUUGCUGCCGAGUAGCAAGAAAGGCGGUCAGAGUGGUUUCUUCCAGCAUGGCUGCUGCAGCACGGCAGGAUGAGACGUCCCAACAAUGGCACACGGGCCUGGUGAGGAGGAUCACAGAGCCGUUCACCUGGCGCCUGGCCAAGACGCUGGCCAUGGGUCAAGGCCUGGCUGCGCUGGUGUGCGGCACGGCCGUCACCUCGCAGUACCUGACCGCCGGCUUCCACGUGGAAACGCCAAUGCUGCAGAGCCUCCUCAACUACGUUCUCCUCAGCGCCACCUACGCCCCGAUGCUCCUCUGCCGACCAGGGGCUGAAAAUUUGUUCCAGAUUGUGAGGAGGCGCUGGUUCCAGUACCUUCUGCUAGGCCUGGUGGAUGUGGAGGCCAACUACACUGUGGUCAAAGCAUACCAGUACACCACCAUCACCAGCGUGCAGCUGCUGGACUGCUUUGUGAUCCCGGUGGUGAUGGUUCUUUCCUACUGCGUCCUCAACACCCGGUACCGGCCCGUCCACUAUGUGGCGGUGUGCAUCUGUCUGCUCGGAGUGGGCGCCAUGGUGGGGGCCGACCUGCUAGCCGGGAGGGACCAGGGUUCCGCCUCCAACCUGCUGCUAGGUGACGGGCUGGCCCUGCUGAGCGCCACGUGCUACGGCGUGUCCAACGUGUGUCAGGAGUACACGGUGAAGAAGCACAGCCGUGUGGAGUUCCUCGCCAUGGUGGGCCUCUUUGGCGCCGCUAUCAGCAGUGUGCAGAUGGUCAUCUUGGAGCGCCACCAGGUGGCCGCCAUCCACUGGAGCUGGCAAGUGGCCCUCCUCCUGGUGGCCUUUGCGGCAUGCCUGUUUGCCUUGUACAGCUUCAUGCCCGUGGUGAUGGAGAAGAGUAGCGCCGCCGCUGUCAACAUGUCCAUGCUGACCUCUGACCUCUUCAGCCUCUUCUGUGGCAUCUUCCUCUUCCACUACAGCUUUUCUGGGCUGUACCUGGUGUCGCUGGUGGUCAUCCUCAUUGGCUUCACCAUCUUCAACGCUGUGCCGACGCCCACUGGCCCCACUCCCACCCCCUCUAGCGGCGAGGAAGGUCACCAUGACAACGGCAUUGUCAACCACAGCAAACAGGAAGUGUGUGAAGAAGAGAGAAUGGAGAGCGCUGAUGUACUCUGCACUAGGAUGUGAAGUCAACAUUUACUAUUUGAUUUCAUUUCAUUUAUUGUCAAUGUUCGAUCACUUGUACUUUUGCACCGAGAUGCAUUUUUAUUUAAUCAUUUGGUUUUUUUAAAGUGAAAGCAAGCUAUGCAAAAUGGUGAUCAUACAAUCUUAUGCUUAUGAUGUAUUUAUGCCUGACGGCCAGCAGGGGGAGACAACUUUUAUUAAAAUAUAAA